CUAUUAGUUGAACAACAUGGUUGAAAACGUUGUUUGAUUGUUUGAUGCCAAAUAAAAGUUUUGUUUUAAAGAAUAGAAAAAAAAUAUUAACAAGGACUUGUGUGUUUAAUAAAUAAAUAAAUAUGCAUCUUUUAUAAGUCCUGCGAAUUAAAUUUUUCAAUAAAAAAUGGAGAAAGCGAACACUGAAACACAAAUUUUAAAUAUUGUUCAUGAUAUUCUGAAAGUAGAAGCAAUAGAAGAAGCGUUCAGUUGCGUUAUAGUUCAUAAUGCAGAGUUGGAAAGUGAAAAAAUAGCAGGAUGGCAAAAGGAAUUAUCGACAAUAAUGACUGGAUUAACAGCCGAACAACAGGAAAGUGCUGUUCGUCAGUUUCUUUCUCUGGCUGCUGGAAUGACAAAUCAUAGACGUUUACAAUUAUUGCUCUCAAUGUUGGAAACGUUAGUUACAAAAGGAGUUUUGCCAGCUAGAUUAGUGUGUGAAUGUAUUCUCAAUUGUGAUAAGCUUGUUUAUCAAGCAGAAGAUUUCUGGGUGAAGUGUUUUUCAUUAAUUCGAAAUAUUAUCGGUGGAGUUGAUUAUAAAGGUGUUAGAGAAAUUUUAAAGGGGUGUAGAGAUAAGGCUCAAACAAUUCCGACAAGACUGCCAACAACCGUGCAACCUCAAUUGAAAGCUUUGGAGAAUGUAAUUGAAUAUAUUUUUGAUCGUAACGCUUGUCUAUUGCCAGCAGUAUUUAUUAUUAACGAAAUAAGAAAAACAUCGCCCGAUCAUAAACGAUGGCCCCAUUGGAGAUUGACGAAGCUUCUUUCGGAUUUCGUGGAAAGUUUUCGACCCGCUGCACAAAUGGUAUCAAUUGUGGGACAUUCGAAAAUGUUACCAGUCGUCGAGCAUUCUGGUUACGCAGAUUAUUUAAUAAAUCCUUGGGUAUUGGAUCGUGAGAAUUUGCAAUUUUCCCUUAAGGGCAAUCUUCCAUACGAUCAGGAUUUAUUAAAGCCACAAACGGAAUUGUUGAGAUACGUUUUGGAGCAGCCCUACAGUCGUGAUAUGGUUUGCUCUAUGCUCCAACUUCCAAAGCAGCAUAAACAGCGUUGUAUAGCUUUAGAAGAACAACUCGUGGAACUUGUUAUUCUUGCCAUGGAACGAUCCGAGAAUGAUCCAUUGCCUUCGGAAUCUACUGAUGGAACAGCCGCAGCAAAUCAUUACGUUUGGCUGCAUUUGUCUUCACAAUUAAUAUACUUUGUGCUCUUUCAAUUUGCAUUUUUUUCCGAAUUCUGUACAGCAAUUCAUGACAGGCUGGCGAGUUGUGAAUUGAGAAAAGGACGAGAUCAUUUGAUGUGGGUUUUACUUCAAUUCAUUUCCGGAAGUAUACAACGAAAUCCGUUAUCAAAUUUUCUUCCUGCUCUGAAACUUUAUGAUCUUCUUUAUCCUGAGACGGAACCUUUCCCAGUUCCCGAUCUGACUCAACCACUUUGCACUCAUCAAAUGGCAAGCACCUGUAUUUGGAUUCAUCUUCUGAAGAAAGCUCACAGUGAACACGCAAAUUUUCAUCGACCAAUUCCACACGCCCUCAAAGUUCAUCACGAAUUUUUACAACAUUUAGUAAUACCGAAUACUCAAUUGUGUAUGGGAUCCGACUAUCGAAUUGCUCUUUUGUGCAAUGCUUACUCGACGACUCAAGAUUGUUUCAGUAGACCAAUGGCUGCUCUUGUCGAUACAAUACUAGGCAAUCAAAAGGGACAACAACAACAGUCGUUGCAAAAUUUGCAAAAUAAUGCAGCACUCGUCAAUGGACCAACGACUCCAUUGUCAAUGUCAAUUUUAGAUUCACUCACAGUUCACUCGAAGAUGAGUCUCAUUCAUCAUAUUGUUACGCAUGUAAUUAAAUUGGCUCAAUCAAAAAGUAAUAUGGCCUUGGCACCAGCUCUCGUCGAAACGUACAGUAGAUUAUUGGUCUACACCGAGAUUGAGAGUUUAGGAAUUAAAGGCUACAUUGGACAAUUGUUGCCACAAGUUUUUAAAUCUCACGCUUGGGGAACGUUGUACACUCUUUUGGAAAUGUUCAGUUAUCGAAUGCAUCACAUUCAACCUCAUUAUCGUGUACAACUUUUAUCGCAUCUUCACAGUCUCGCCGCUGUACCGCAAACAAAUCAAACUCAACUGCACUUAUGCGUCGAAAGUACUGCUCUCAGAUUGAUAACUGGUUUAGGCUCUGCUGAGGUGCAACCUCAACUUUCACGCUUUUUGUCUGAACCAAAAACUCUCGUCUCCGCCGAAUCGGAAGAACUGAAUAGGGCUUUGGUUUUGACUUUAGCACGAUCGAUGCACGUGACGGGAACUGGAGCUGAUUCAAUAAGUGGUCCAUGGUGUAAAGAAUUGCUCAAUACAAUUAUGCAAAAUACACCACAUUCAUGGGCAGUUCACACUCUACAGUGCUUUCCACCUGUUCUCAGCGAAUUUUUCCAACAGAAUAGUGUGCCUAAGGAAAAUAAGCCACAAAUAAAGAAAGCCGUGGAGGAAGAAUACAGAAAUUGGGCGUCAAUGAGCAAUGAAAAUGAUAUAAUUGCCCAUUUUACAGCUCCCAGUGCGCCGCCACUAUUUCUUUGUCUUCUUUGGAAAAUGAUACUUGAUACUGAUCGUAUUAGUCCAAUUGCCUACAAAAUUCUAGAAAGAAUAGGAGCAAGAGCUUUAUCGGCUCAUCUUCGAAAGUUCUGCGAUUAUCUUGUUUUUGAAUUUUCAAACAGUGUCGGCGGAGGACAACAUGUUAAUAAAUGUGUCGACACAAUUAAUGAUAUGAUUUGGAAGUACAAUCUAGUAACAAUAGACAGACUAGUACUUUGUUUGGCACUGAGAACGCAAGAAGGAAACGAAGCGCAAGUGUGCUUUUUUAUAAUUCAAUUAUUACUUUUGAAAGCCACGGAAUUUCGCAAUAGGGUUCAGGAAUUUGUUAGAGAAAAUUCCCCCGAGCAUUGGAAGCAAUCAAAUUGGCACGAGAAACAUUUGGCGUUUCAUAGAAAAUUUCCGGAAAAAUUCGCACCCGAGGGAAUUGUCGAGCAAACGAGUGGCGGACCGGGACAAUAUCAAAAUUUACCCGUUUAUUUUGGAAAUGUUUGCCUGCGAUUUCUCCCUGUAUUCGAUAUAAUGGUUCAUCGAUAUUUGGAAAUUCCGCCCGUGUCCAAGAGUUUGGAGAUUCUCCUCGAACACCUAGGAUGCCUCUACAAGUUUCACGAUCGGCCAGUGACUUAUCUUUACAAUACUUUGCAUUAUUAUGAACGAAAUUUGCGAGACAGACCGAAUUUAAAACGUCGUCUGGUAUCGGCAAUUUUGGGAUCAUUGAAGGAAAUCAGACCAUCAGGUUGGGCUCUAUCGGAAGCUUAUACUUUGUAUAUAUCGAGACCAACGGAGGAUGUUAUCACUUGGGUACCUGAACUCGAUUAUUAUAUUAGACUCGUUCAAAGAAUCGUCGAAACAAUGUCGGGAACUGCGAAUUUUCCAGCCACUGAUUGGAGAUUCAAUGAAUUUCCAAAUUCAGCCGCUCACGCCUUGUACGUGACUUGCGUUGAAUUAAUGGCAUUACCAAUGGCACCAAAUUUAGUUGCUAAUUCAUUACUAGACGUCGUUGCCAAAGGAUACACGAUCAUUAAUUUUAACGAAAUUCAUUUAUGGAUUAAUUGUGUUGGUCUAUUGAUGGCAGCGCUACCAGAAUGUUAUUGGUCAGCACUUUACGAUCGCCUUGUUGAAACGAUCAACACACCGGCGUUGAUAAAAUGGCCUUAUGGAAAUUUAAGUCCGUUUCAGCUCUUUAAUUUUAACACCACGCACAAUGGUCUACUGGAAAACAAAUACAGUUAUAUGCUCGCCUUGGCCCAUUCGAUAUGGCAUCACGCUGGAGUUGGACAAAUCACAACUUUGCCACAAUUCGUGAAAGAAAAGCUACAACCUGUUGUCACCAGUGAGGAACAAUUGCUUUACGCGUGUCAUCUAAUAGGACCAACUCUGGCACGUUUCAACGUUGAAAGACCGGCCUGUGUCAACAAACUCACGGUCAAUUUGUACGAAAUGUUGGAACAGGUGGACAAAUCUCAGGCUCAUUUAAAUUACAUGGAUCCUGUUUGCGAUCUUCUAUAUCACAUUAAGUAUAUGUUCGUUGGCGAUACGAUGAAGACUGAUGUGGAAUCUAUAAUUCGAAGACUGAGGCCAGCUCUACAAAUGCGACUUCGCUUCAUCACGCAUCUCAACAUUGAGGAAAUUCAAGCUGAUGGACAAUCGCAAGCAACGCUCCCAACAGCAUAAUUUUUUCAGGCGAAUUUUAAAAAUCAUUUUUUUUUCUUUUUUUUAAUAACAUGACCAUAAUAUUUAUAUAUAUAGAUAUAUAAUUUAUCUUAAUUAUUAAUAAAUUGAAGAAGGCGAAGAUUACUCGAAGCAGAAAUCUUUUGUAUUGUCAAUCAAAUUGUAUAAAGUUGCAUUUAUGAUAAAGGUUAAAAGAGUCAAUAAUUAAUUUUUCAGUAAUAAAUAUUCGAUAUGUUUAAA